AUGUGCACCGAUUUCAUACACUAGUAAUAACAUCACUACAUCGUGAUCGUACUUUCCUCUGCUCUCUCUCUGUACUUACAAUCAUUCUUCUCUCGUUUAUUGAUUUCUUUGAACAAGUUUCCGAAGUUAUCAUUAACAACCUGAACUCCAGUUCGGCAUUGUCGAAGUUCAUCGGUACUAGGUUUGAUCUUAUGAUUCUCUAUUUUUUGGCUUGUUUUGGACAUGAUAUUACUAUAAAUAGUAAACAAUACUGUGUUUUUUUUUCUUCAAUUUUAGUUCUUGAUAUGUCAUUUCUGUAAACCUAGUUGUGAAUUUCUAAGAAGCUUUAUCAAUUGUUUACCAUGGGAAUCAUCGUUGAGGAGUUAGAGUGCGAGAUAAGAAGAAAAGACGAAGAGAUUGAUUUUUGGAAGGGGGAAGUGGACUAUUGGAUAAGUAAACAUUCAGAGUUAGAGAAUCGGUAUGUGAAUCAGAAUAUAGAUGAAUUUAGGUCUAAUGAGUUUAAUGAAGAAUUAGAAGAUUAUAGGACUAAGUAUGAUGCAUUAUACGGGGAACUUGAAAGGAAGAACAUGGAGUUUGAUGUUAUUGAGGGUAAGUUGACGGAUUUGACGGUGACAAGGGUUGCUACUGAAACUGAACUCCGUAAGUAUAAGAUGAUGUGUGAUAAGUUGAGCGAUUGGAAGGAGGAGUUUCAGAAAAGGUGUGAAGAAAAUGAGAAACAAGCAGACUUGGGGCUGAAUAAUGAACUUGAUGUGGAGAAUAAAUUGGAAGGUUAUGAAACUAAGUAUAAUGAAUUGUCUGUGAGGUUUAAUGUGGAGAAAGUAAGAGGGACUUGUCUUGACAAUGAGAUCAAGGAAAACAGGAGAAUGUGUGUUCAGAUGAACAAGCAGAUUGCAAGUUUAGAAGAAAAUAUAAAAGCUAUAAGGAAGGAGGGAGAAAAAUGUUUUGAGCUCAAUAGGAAGAAGUUCGAGGAAUUGGAGCGUGAGAGAAGAAGAGUAACUGAAGAGAAUGAACUUUUGAAGGCCAAAUUUAGCGAAUUGGAGAGUCAAACAGCCUUGUGGCUAAAAGAAUUAGAAGGUUCUGGCAAGCAUCAUGGUUUGUCUUGGGAGCUGGAAGGGAAGGAAGUGGAAUGUGAGUGGUAUAAGAAUCCAUUGAAGAACCUAACAUUGAUUAAAGAUGUUUAUGAUACUGAACUUGAUGGCUUCAAAACAGCAUUCAGUGGACUGAAAGAGAAAUUUAUGGGUCUAGAAGAAGAUGGGAAAGUUAUGUCCAGAAGUGAGAUGAAAGCACAAGAAAGAGCCGCUCACUUGGAAGAGGUAAUUGCGAAGAUGGAAAAGAAGUUGGAGAUGCAGGACUUGAAGCUUGAAGAUGAGAUUUCAACUCAGAGAUGUUUAGAUUCUCACGAUGAUGGUGAAAGAGAAUGUGGUCAGACAGGUUCACCAGAUAAAGUAUCUUAUGGUGAUACAGGGGAUAACAAUACAAACAAAAGACCUUGCAGUGAAAUGGAUGGUGUGAUCGAUGACACUCAUGUGGUUGCUUCAUCGAAAAUAGAAGACAAAAUGUUGAACAACACUGAAGAUAUACAUAUGUUUGAGCAAGAUAGUUUGAAUCCAGCAGGUAUCUUUGAGAUUGGUGACAACAAUGAUGAAAGGAAAACUAGCCCAAAGAGUUUUUUUCGUACUGGAGGCAAAAGAAGCCUGAAUGUUCCGACUGGCAAUACAACUGAAAGGCACUUUAAAAGAUCAUUCUCUGAUCAGAGAUGCGAGGAACAUGGCAGCAGUUAUGAAGAAGAUAAUAUCCCAUUAUCUUCGGCAGCAAAAAGAAGAAGGUUCUCGACGGAAGUAACUAGUGAUACUGAGGAAGAUGAUACAACUCCACUUGGUGAAUUUCAGGAGAAGAAACUGGAAGAGCUAUUAGUAAUUCCUAAAACCAAACACUCGCCGGUGAAUCUUUGUGCUGGGGAUGUGUCUCUCUCUUCUCGGGGUCAAAAUAUUGAGGAAUUUGUCCCCCUUUCACAACAAGGACAGGUUUCACUGACGGAGUGUGACCAGAAGAAGAGUCAGGCUGAUAGUACAUUGAUUGAAAAAUUCAUAUCUUCAAAUAAUCUGGAAAUGAGCGGGUCAUCACAAGUUACAGUAGGCAACCUAAAUUCGCAAAAUGACCGAGAGAAAGUAUCCGGGCAUGAGGUGGGUGUCAGUUUGAGUGGAUUAUUUGUAAAUGGGUCUGAAACUUGUGAUAGUGGAGAUAGCUCAACUGACUCGGAAGAUGCACUGGAUAAUGAGUUGGAUAUUGGUGAAGUCGUAGCAAUGAUAAGAAGGAACACAAAUAAAGAAUUGAAAUGGCAAAAUGAAGCAGACGUGCUUUCUUCGUUCAAGAAGCAUCCCGUCCUCUGCAUGAAAGCUGUCUGUGCUCUACAGCAGAAAACAGAUGAGGGAAAAUCAAUAAUGGGUCCAUUUAGCAAGUUCGCUGCGCACAGUGGAAGAGAAUUAGCUGUGUUUCUAACAGAUGGGAAUCCCGAAGGUGACUUGAAGAAGUCUGUAGAAGAGCUGGAAAUGUUCUUUCCUGAAGGGCUUGAGGAUUGUAAAAUUUUAUCCACGCAUUACUCAAAGCAAUUAUUCACAAUUUACCAAAACAAGGAAGAUCCUCUCUUCCUUCCUUCUUAGGUGAAGGCGUGAAGCUCUUUGUUCCUUCUUGGGUUAGCAUCUUGACAUCAGAUCAAACUGCGAGCUGUUUAUAACAUAUGUAUAUUUUUUUCUUCUUACCCUCCGAUGUAAGUGUUUGAACUUCCUUGCUGAGAUAGUAAAUACAUCUUUUCUCC